GACGCAGGGUGUUCCUUCCGAGGAAAGCUACCCCGUGCGCACCUAGCCUGGCUGCCCCUGGAAGUGACGUCCCUGAAAGAGACCGUGAAAUCGGACCAUGGCCCGUGGGGCCCUUGGGCCGCCGCUGCGGGAGACUCUGUCCCGCUGGGAACGGGAGCAAGCACAGCUGAAGACCAGUGUCAUUGACUGGGAUACAGAAGCAUGGCAGAGGGAUUCAGAUUUUGCUGGUCUGCAUCGGGUCGGGGGUGUUGAUAUGUCCUUCAUUAAAGCGGAUGAUGUCAGAGCCUGUGCCUCUCUAGUGGUGCUCAGCUACCCCAAGCUUGAGGUGUUAUAUGAGGAGUGCCGGAUGGUUAACCUAACAGCCCCGUAUGUGUCUGGUUUCUUGGCAUUUCGAGAAGUCCCCUUUCUGGUGGAUGCUAUUCAGAGGCUACAGAAGAAGGACCCCAAUCUCAUGCCGCAGGUCCUUCUUGUGGAUGGAAAUGGGGUACUCCAUCACCGAGGGUUUGGAGUGGCCUGUCACAUUGGUGUCCUUACAGAUCUGCCUUGCAUUGGGGUGGCCAAAAAACUCCUCCAGGUAGAUGGGCUGAAGAAUAAUGACCUACACAAAGAAAAGAUUCAGCAUCUAAAGAUGGGAGGAGAUACCUUUCCUCUGAUGGCCAACUCAGGUACCAUCUUGGGAAUGGCCUUGAAGAGCCACAGCAAGAGCAGCAAGCCUCUGUAUGUCUCUGUGGGUCACAAGGUGAGUCUGGGGGCUGCAGUCCGCCUGAUCCAAGCCUGCUGCAGAUACCGCAUCCCAGAGCCCAUUCGCCAGGCAGACAUUCGAUCCCGAGAAUAUAUCCGGAGGACUACUGAGCUUGCCAACUCACAAGAAGCAGGGCAAGAGAGGGGUCCUGAGGGGCUGAGGGAGAAGCAGAGCCCAACUUUAUCCCCUACGAGAGGCUUAGAGGAGUCUGCAGGCGAGGAAGAGCCUCCUGAGAAUCCCAGCCCAGGACAUCAUUCAUAGCUCUAUGACCUAGGGACAGGCCUCUGAGAUCCUAUCAUUGGGAACCAAGGAUGAGAGGAGAGGAGAGCUGUUGUGGACACUGAAAAUUCUGAACAUCUCUCUCUGGCAGAUGUGGUCGAAGGAAAAGGCAGUUGAGUAGGACUAAAACCUGGCUCUCAGGAAAAGUCUUACAAGAACUCAGUGCUUCAUGUGAUUUCAGAACCUUGAAUAACCACAGUGAGCUUAGCCUGCCAUGAUGGGAAGACCUUUUGCACAAGUCAGUGUGUUUGGCCCCAUGCUCACCAGACACGACUCAGUGUUUGAGUGAUUCAGAGCCUUCAAAAUAGCCACCCCUCACAAGACAUAACACAGGCCACCUAACUUGCAGUAGCAGCAAUAUUUACCAUGUAGGCUAGGCUAGUUCUCCUUCAAAGGUGUUCAAAUGGCCCUUGAGACUUGAUUGACUAGGGAACCGCGGCUUGAAAACUGGUCUGUUGUCACAUCCUGGUGGUCUGAAUACACAAAGCCAGCACUGGGGGGGAAAGCAGCACCCAACUGAAUCAUUUCGCUGUGGUGACCAAGUAUAACCCCCUUUUUAAAACUAUUUAUUAACUGUUGGAUAACUGCAGUCUACUAAUUUCAUUUUAAUUCUGAACUGGAAACCCCAGCCUGAAUCAGGCCCAGCCUACAACACUACACUAACACUAUCAUGCUGUGGUCACGCAGCCUUGGGAACAGCCAGUCCAUGUGUUCAGCAGAAGACAGAUCUCGAGAAGGCAGAGAGCCAGCCUCUCUCUGGAAAAUUUGUGAGGCUUUUUUUCAUUUGGAGACAAGAAAUGGGACUUACUUUUCAAAGAAAAAAUUCAGAUGAAAAAAUAAUGAUCCAGCUCCUGUCUACCCAUUGUUACCUCAUAGAGUGGAUGACCCAUGCCUUCCUGCCUCUUGCCCAGCUCCCUAACACACCAUGGACCAGCCCCAUCUCAUUCCCCAAGGCUGGCCAAUCUCUGGCAUCUCAUAAACACAUAGGGGGAGGGGAGAAAGGGAGAGAGUUACCUAAUCACCAAGCUCUUGCUGGCUCCAACAGACUGAAAGAGGGUGCCGUGGGUGGGUGGGAAACACACAGAGGGAACUGCACCUGCCAGCAAUCUGCUCAGUGAAUAAAGUCCUAGUCUCUGCUACCUGAGAAUGAGUUUUUAGGCACUUAGAGAGGCAGCCAGGCUCAGCUGCCCUGGACAAUGGAUGGAACAGUUCCUGUUCUACUUAGAAUAUUAGGGCCAAUAACCCCUUGCUUCUUGUAUUCUGUUUUCCCUACUUUGCUGCCUCUGGCCCAUUACCCAGUCCCAGAGUUCUGGCUUCAGAACUCAUUUCCACAGCCCAAACUUGGCUUUGCUUUUGUACUUUUGCCCAGUGCUUUCCUAGACCAGAUAAACACAAGGACUAAUAACCUGCCCUGAUGCCUACAAUAGCUGCAUCUUGGGGUGGUUUUGUCACCCCAGUAGGCAAACUCGAAGAAAUCACCCAAAUGGAGGGUGUGAAGGUGGGAUGCAGCCAGAGAAGAAGGGAAAACUCCCUUUGAGUAACUCAGUGCCAGCAGUUGGUGCCUGUGCUAAGCAACCUACCAUCCUUCGUGUUAACUGCC